GUUACUUAAAACAGCUUACUAAAUGCACUUAAAUUGUAUUGUUGACAAUAAUUUGCGAUGUGAACAGCCUGUGUAUUGAAUCGACUGGAAUAAAGUAAAAUGUUUAGAUUACAAUUUUAUAUACAGACUUUUAAUGAUUUGAACGAAUUUUAAAUGGCCAUUUUCGUUAACUUUUAAACCUUCAAACAAAGGAACGCAGACGGAUUUUCACAGAAAAUAACAAUAUGUCUUCUUUGGACACUGUCUACGAUUGUGUUGCUGAUGUUCUUCAAAAGUUAAAAUCAGGACGUCAUCCAUCGGUAACCGUUGUAGACAAAGCAAUGGUUCAACACGGUAAAUUAAUGGACGACAUGAAAAGGUACCAGGAAGAAUUAAAUGAAAAAGGCAAAAUUGGGGUAUUUCUUGCUACAAACGUUUGUAAAGUCAACAAGACAAACGAAGAUAGUGAUAAAGUAGCAGAGGAAGAUUUAGAUCGCAAUGGGCUGUAUAAAAUGAUGGAGGCGAGUGCAAGAAACUGCGCUGAGAGUUCAAAGUUAAAGGAAGAAUUAACGUCCGCUAAAAGCGAAAUCGAAAAUUUAACAAAACAAGUUAAUGAACUGGCUGAAAAAAAUGGUAAAAUAAGGCUUAAUGAUGCAGAACUGAAUGAACUAUAUGAGCUCAGACAAGCAAAUGAAAGGCUUGGUACUAAAAUCACAAAUCUGAAUCAAGACUUUGAACUUGCACAAAAGAAUACAGCCAACACAGAAAGACAAGCCAGAGCCCUCGAGGAAAGUCUACAAGAGCUCAGAAAUGCAAACAAAAGACUUAAAUCUGAGAACACAGACUUGAACAGAGCAUUAGAAUCUGCGAAAAGUGGAGCAGAAACUCCGUCGAAACAAGUAGAUUGGUUAGUUCAUAAAGAAAAUGAUAGAGACAUACACACUGACCUAAUUAGACACAGUCUGACAGAGGAAAACGAAAGACUAAGAUCUGAGAACGUACACUUGCAUGGAGAAUUAAAAUCUGCGGGAGAUAAACUGCAAAGAUAUUCAAACGAAGUUAAAGAAUUGGCACAGAAGGUUGAAACUUCAAGAUAUAACGAUUUUGACAAGAAAGAAGUAGUUGAACUGAGAGAGGCAAAUAAAACACUUAGAUCCGACAUCAGAGAGCUGGCUCAAGAAAUAGAAUUCUUAAAACGCGACCUAGAUCAGCAGCGUAAACAGACGGAAGAGGCACACCGAAAUGCAACACAUUUUAAAAAGGAGAUCCACAAUAUGUCACGGGUUAAUGAAAGGCUUAACAGUAACAUUGUAAGAGUGGAGAGUGAGUUACAAAGAGCAAAUGACCAAAUGCAUACCUUAAAAGAGAGAAGAAAGGUAGAGAAACAAAAUGCAACAAAACAUAUAGAAGAAGCCCACUAUAUGAAUAAACAGAAUGAAAUUCUCAGUAGAGACAACAAUUGGUUGGAAAGAGAAUUAAAAGCAACAAAAGACAAGAUGCAAAGAUUAAUGGAAGGAAGAAAACAAGAUGACCAAAAUACAAGAGCGUCUAGUAAAGAUGUUUACACUGUGAAUCAAGAUAAGGGCGGACAAAGCAGUGAAAACAUAUGGUUAGAGCGGGAAUUAAAGGCAACAAAAGACAAACUGCAAAGAGUAGAAGAAGAGAGAAAUAGAGAAAAACAAAAUACAGCAAGAUCCAGACAAGAGGUCUACAGCAUAAAUCACGAAAACGAAAGGCUACGCAGUAAGAACAUUGGGCUUAAAUCUGAAUUAAACAGAACAAAAGACGAGAUGCAGAGACUAUUAGAAGGAAAGAAUAAAGUUGAACAGAAAGAUAUUAACAGGCGACCGGACACAGACAAUCCUCGCACACAUGAAAAACAAAAGGAACAAAUCAUACAUUUAUCUAACGAAAAUAAAAAACUUCAGGAUCAACUACACGAAACGAGAAAUAGAUUAAGUGCACUAGCUGGUCACAAGAUGACGGCAGAUAAUCCGAAUAUUGCUGAUUUAAGCGAUGCAUACAGACCGACCAAUAUUGCUGAGCAGUUUAGAGAAGUGUAUGAUAACGAAUGGACCCAUGCCUACGAGGAAUUAGACAUUCAAAAUCCCGAAGAAGAAACGAAAAUAAUUGACACUCUUGUGACUAUUUUGAAGAAUAUAGAGGUUUUCUGUAUGGACGUAUCUUCACAGCAGUUUGAUACAUUGAAAGCGGCGAUUGUAAAUGAAGUGACUUAUCCGAAGUAUAAACAUAAAAGCGGAACUGUGAUGGCAGGUAAACAUCGAGCUGAAAUGUCCUCAGCACAAACAGAAUUAGCAGACAAGUUAUUGAAAGAUUUGAGAAAAUCUUUGGGUAUUUUGUCUACGGGUCCACUUGCACAGAUUUUUCACACGGUAUAUAUGACACAGCAUAGGGGUGCCGACGAUGUUUGUCCAGCUGGGAUAAAUGCUUUUGUUGUACAAUCAGUAAAGCUUGUCUGGAUGAUGAAAAUGCAAACCCCGCCCAUGGGAUUUAUUUGGGCGAAAGUGAACCAGAAUGUUGACAAGAACAAGUUUACAUUUUACACAAAAAGAGGCGAUGUUACCAAACAGUGUGUUUGGCCGGCCAUUGAACUCCACAAAAAUGGUCCUCUUAUGUCAAAAGGCAUCGUGCAAGCCAUGUAAAACUUGAACUAUAAAUAAUACAGUUGGCAUGGUUAUACUCACUUUGAAUUAUGAUGCCAUGUAUCAAAGACACCAGAUACAGUAUGAUUAACAAUUAAAGGAUUUGUCUCUUUAAAUCCAAUUAAAUCAUUAGUUUUCUGGCUAUCAUAAAAUUCUUGAAUGAGAAAUAUGGACAAAAAUAAGAGCAAGUUGACGAAUUAUCUUUCAUAAUAGGUACUCUGAGUACAACAGUUGGUACUCUAAUCUCAUCAAAUACAGCUUACAAAUAUUCUUAUGUAUGCAUUUCGUGUACUUAUUCAUGAAAUACUCAUAGCUAAAUAAGCGUACUAUCUCAAUGUUUUCAGAUAUUUGGUUAGAAAACAUGUUAUUAUAUUUGGCAAUAUUGUGCGUUUUAUUCGACUUUGCGGGACGGAGUUAAUCUCUGACUUAUGCAAAUAAUGGUAAUCUAAAAAACGAAUAAAGUAAGUAGAGCAAUAUAAUUGUUUAAUUUCGUAAUCAUUCGGUAACCAAUGACUAAAUUUCAACACUACAUUGGUUACAAUGUAAGGUAGAUGGCCACUGUAUACGAAAUCAGGUUGCCGAAUAUACUACACAUCCUGCACAAUAAUGCAGUGGACCGUCGCAAAACCCCGCCCCGCCAGUCGAUUAAAAUAUAUGGUAUUCAUAUGAAUGAAAUACUCUAGAGUACUGUAAUUGAUGUCUGCAUAUGGAAUGGUUUAUAUGAAAUAAAUAAAGAACUAAA